CAACGGCGUACAUCUUCCGUGCAUCGCAAUUGUCAACAGAGCACCGAUGGCUUUUCAAGGAUACAGCGUUGUCAAACUCCUUGACUCCGAGGCGUUGAUAACUAUUGUCAGUAAUACAUGGCUUAGAGAAGAAGGUGCGUACGCCCAAAUACCUUCCGUGCGGGGUACGCACUACUAUGCAGCGGUGAAAAACCACACUGCGCCCGAUGUCGAUGUGGCCAGCACUGCAGUGUCCAUCAUCGUUAGCACGAUUAGCUUCCAGCAUGCCCGAGAAAUGGAACGUCAAUCAGAGCGCGGCAUGCUGCCAUCCACAGACGAUACAAUUCCGAUGGGCCUUCCAG